UCCUCUUCCUCAUCCUCCCCAUGCACAGCCACACUAUAAAAGAGGGGCAAUGUUGGGAAUCUGACAAAAGGAGCUCUGGACGGCAAGAAAAUCCCCACAACUAUUUUCAAGUGAUCUCCUCCAGUCCUGCGAUGUCUUCGAGUCUUCUGGCUCUUUGCCUGCUGGUUUGUACCCUCUCUGGCUUGAAUGCGUACCCCAUCAAGCCCACAAGUCCCCGGGAAGGAGCCCCACCUGAGGAGCUUGCCAAAUACUACUCCGCCCUGAGGCACUACAUCAAUCUCAUCACGAGGCAGAGGUAUGGAAAAAGAGACAAUCCAGACACAGUCUUCUCAGACGUGCUGGUGAAGGAGAGCACAGAGAGCAUCCCAGGGUCCAGCUACAUCAGGUACGAUGGGCUGCCUGGAUGGUGAUGUUGCUCCUGACACAUCCCAACAACCUAAAGGUCACCCCUGUGUCUCUUACUGACAUCACAUGAACUUGUGUUGCAUGGAAUAAACACUGUUCAAAGAAA